CAAAAUAUACUUGUAAAUUGAUGUUUAUGUAAAAAAAAACGAGACAAGGCUUGAAAUUAAGAUAUCAUGGGUUUGGAAAAGCCAGUCAUUACUACUUGAGCAACACAUUAUAUGCAUUUUUUCUUUCUCAUUAUUACGUUUUCUUUUAACUGCACAUGCAUUGCGUGUGCGGUCCACUAGUGUAUAUAUGGUGUCGUUUGGAAAAUGGUCGGCUUUUUGAUUUUUUUGACUAUUUUAACCUGGGUUAAAAAGCUUGGUUUGAGAAUGAUUUUUUGACUUUUUGAUUUUUUUUUAUUUUUUUUUGUGAGAGAAGAGUGUGAUGAUUUUGAGUUGGAUGUAAUGUUUUGUUUGUUGUGACUAAAAUAAUCUAUUUAGUCUUUUAUAGUUAAAAUAAUCUCAAACCUAUCCAAACCCACUUGUCAAAUCAUGCCUAUAUAUGUUUUUUUAGUUUGUUAUGCAAGCAAAGAACAUAAAAAUGUCAUUAAUAUUUUAUAUAUAUGGGCAGCUAGGUGGGUCAGAUAUCAUUAGUAGCGUGAUCAGAUCAUGUUUAUCUUAAGAAAAUAGAUGAUUUAUUUCCAAAGCCGUCAAUUUUUUCAUGGUUUAUUGCCAAAGCCGUCAAUUUUUUUAUUUCUGUUUUAUGUUUUAAGGAUGAACGCGAUCUAAUCAUGUGUUCCUACCGAUGUUUGAUUUAACUUUUUUAAUGAGAGUGAUCAUCUCAAUUAAAUUUAUAAAAAAUUUAUAAAAUAAACGAUUUGAAUUAUUAAGAUGGGUCAAGAUUAAGUCUACAACAGAAAAUUAGAGGAUCCAAUCAAUUUUAUUGACCGCAGAAAAGUUAAUCCUAUAAUAAUAACUAUAACGGAUAUAUUAUGGUAUUGUAAUACUUAAAUAGUGAUAUGUGUUAAUGAUGAGAUGAUAUUACUAUUACAUUAAUUUUUUUACCUUAAUUUAAAUAUCUCUUCCACAAUGAGAGGAAACCGUUUUGACAUCUUUUCUUCCCUCCCUCUCUCUAAUCACUGAGAUUUUUAUUUUUAUUUUUGAAUUUUUUCUUUGUUCCACCGUGAAAGGCUCUCCUUCAAUGUAACAAAAUCUGCAGGAGUAGAGAGAAGAGAAUCAAACAAACAACAAAGAAACGGAAGAGAGAGAGAGAGAGAUAUAUAUAAAUUUAAAUGGCAGAUUGCAGGCCAUUGGGUUUCUUGAUAGGACUGCCAUUCGCUUUCAUUGCUUUUCUUCUCUCUCUUGUUGGUGCUGUUGUUUGGGUCCUCGGGAGUGUGCUGAGUUGCCUGUGCCCUUGUUGCAUAUGUUGUGCUGGGAUUGCAAAUUUGGCAGUGAUUCUUUUGAAGUUUCCUGUUACAGUCAUUAAAUGGUUCACUGACCUCAUUCCUUGCUGACUCAUCAUUAUUAGUAUCUAAUGCCUUAGAUGAGAUUAGUGUUUGUUUGAUAAUUAGUAUUUGAAUUAUCAAUCAUUUGGAUUAUAUCUUUCAACAGUGAUUCAGACCUUUAAAAGUAUAGUUUUAAUUUGAGUUCUAUUGAGUUAGCAAAAAAACAUACACACAUCACAUUACAAGUGAGA